AUGGCAACUGAUAAAGCUUUCCAAGACGGUAAGAAACCAACUUUGUUUGAAGAGUACCUGAGGAUUAUGAAUCAAUCAAAAACUAAAGAGAUUCGCGAAGACCUAAUUUCAGAAGGUGCAGCAAUGGAUGAACCUUCCGAAGCCAGUUCCGAACUAAGUUUUUGGAAAGAUCACCAGAGGUUGAUAGAUCGAAAAACAAAAAGAGUCAUGCCAACAACAAUUGUCAUUGAAAAAUAUCGAUCUUUGUUUGAAGCCGCGACGAAAGCCCUCGUCACUGCUGCCAGUAGAGGAAGAAUAAGGAUGGUAAAGGCAUUACUAGACAAGGUUGAUCAUGAUCCUGAAAGUGUUACCACUGCCCUGUUGGAUGCUAUUACUAGGUCUCCUAUGGAAAGGGAGUUUAUUUGGUACCUCACUGGGCGUACUACAUCCACCCCCGAUAGUGAUACCAUGGGCUGGCUUAUUGUGACUGGCCAUUUAGACAUAGCCUUGUAUUUAGCUCGCAAGUACCCCGGUUUAGCGACAACCAAAGAUGGUGCAAAUGAGUGUCCAUUGGAAGACUUGGCGGUUAUGAAGUUUCACUUUCAUAGUGGAGCUAGACUCAAUUUUUGGGAAAAUUUUAUCUACAAAUGUAUUCCUUUAUGCUUGGUCAACACAUCAUAUGACAACUCCAAACACACAAAGACGACUCGAGCACUUCAGCAAUUCAAAAUGUCACUCUGGAAUCUUGCCACAAAACCAGCACCUUUCAUUAAAAGGAUUGGAGAAUCGAAGUUGAGGCACAAAUGCUCACUUAAGUUAGCAAAUCUAGCUCUUAUCAAGAAUAAGUCUCGUAUGACUACUCCCGAAAAUCUCGAGUAUCUAUUGACUUCAGGCAUUGUCCUUGAUGCUACAUCUCGCGGAAUCUCUGAAAUUGUCAAUUUAUGUAUUGUGCAUUUUCCGGAGUUGAUGUGGGAUGAAAGAUUCAUAAGAAAACUGAUGAAAGAAGCUGUGAAGGGACGACAUGUUGAAUUGUUUCUGCUAGUGAGGGCACACUACAUUCCACAAUUAACACCCGAUUAUUGGAUGAAAUUCGGUCUAAUGAAGGCUGUCACCAAAUGGUCACCAAGAUGUGAAUCCCCAGAUGUCUCAGGAGCAGCUUUUCUAAUGCAAAGGGAACUUCAAUGGUUUAAGGUACUGGAAGAUAGCAGCAUUCCUUGUAUAAAAAGUCUGAAAUGGCAAGAAGAAAAGAGGACAUACUGGGAAAAUAUUGUAGAAAAACGUUGUAAUUUGGUCAAAGAGGCAGGGGUUUGGAUGAAGGAUACAUCAAAAUCUUGUAGCCUCGUUGUGACUCUUAUCAUUACCAUAGCUUUCACAGCGAUUUUUACAGUACCUGGAGGCAACAACGAUAGUACAGGGAACCCAAUCUUUCUAAAGAAUGGUUCGUUCAUGGUAUUCGCGGUUGCAGACGCUUUUGCUCUCUUCUCCUCUGUCACUGCCACCUUGAUGUUCUUGGCUAUCUUAACUUCACGCUAUGCAAUCGAAGAUUUUCUCCUGUCACUGCCGAGAAAAAUGAUACUGGGCCUCACUUUUCUAUUCCUCUCUUUGGCGUUUAUGCUGGUGGCAUUCAGCUCUGCUCUUACAGUCAUCUUAAGCGAAAAGUGGAAGUGGAUUUACAUCCCAAUUAUUUUGCUGGCAACCCUCCCUCUCAUAUUGUUCGCAAUCCUAAACCUACCCUUAUAUGUUCAAAUGGUUGAGUCCACCUAUCGGCCUCGCCUUUACUGUUCCGUGAUGUUUGGAAAGUGA